AUGCUCCAACCAAAAAAAACAAAAUUUAGGAAAUUUCAAAAACGACGUGUCACUGGUGUUAAACUCCAACAGCUCAAUUUUGGAAUGUAUGGAAUUCAAUCUUUAAGUUGUGGCAGAAUUUCUUCUGCAUGUAUUGAAGCCGCAAGACGUGCAAUGACACGAAAACUUAAAAGAACUGGACAAAUUUGGAUUCGAAUUUUUCCAGAUUUAGGUGUGAGUCAAAAACCAGCUGAAGUCAGAAUGGGAAAAGGUAAAGGCGCCAUUCAGCAAUGGGUAUGUCCUGUUCAAAAAGGACAAAUCUUAUUUGAAGUCAACGGUGUCCCUGAAUCUUUAGCUGUUCAAGCUGUGCAGCUUGCACAACACAAACUUCCUUUAAAAACGCAGUUUAUCAAAACUAUUUAA